AAAUAUCCGAGAUCAAUAACAUAGUUUUAAUCUGUAUAUGAAGCAAUCAUAUCGUAAUGACAAUACAAAAUAUUUGUACAAAUUAGCAUCGUAUUAGAGAUAAUCAUCUAGUAUUUUAAACAAAGCGCUUUGAUAAUCAUAUCAUUAGUAUUCUGCUGCCUUAUAAAGUGACAAAUUAAUACAUAGUGCCAAAAAGAUAAUUGCAAGAUGUCUCACGGCGUGGUGAAGAAUUCUAGGAAUGGGAACAGUGCACAUGCAGCGGCGUCGACGAGGGAGGUUUCGGAGAGCCCUCCACCGCCACCUGAUGGAGGAUGGGGCUGGAUGGUUGUCAUCGCAUCUUUCAUGAUUCAUAUAGUCACCGAUGGUAUGACGUAUUCAUUCGGCGUGUUUUAUGCGGAGUUUCUGACCUACUUCAACGAGGGCAAAGGCAAGACCGCGUGGAUCGUCUCCAUCCUGGUGGGGGUCACAUUAAGUUCAGGUCCAAUAUCAAGUUCCUUUGUGAAUCGUUGGGGCUGCCGUGCGGUGACUAUAGCUGGAGCACUAUUAUCUGCUGUAUGUGUGGUGGCAUCGGCGUAUGCUGAAAAUGUGCUCACUUUAAUCUUCACCAUCGGCGUCGGCGCCGGCUUCGGUUUUGGUCUAAUAUACCUGCCCGCUAUUGUUAGUGUCACUGUCUGGUUCGAGCGCUAUAGGAGUCUUGCUACUGGUAUUGCAGUAUGUGGGUCAGGUCUUGGUACAUUUCUAUUUGCACCAAUAACAUCAGCGCUUAUCUCAGAAUACGGCUGGCGCGGGGCCAUGGCUAUCAUCGGUGCCUUAAUUCUCAACUGCGUGCCAUUAGGGCUCAUGUUUCGCCCUGUACCUGAACAACGGAGAACGCCAGUUACAGAGCCUAUGCUACCCAAAUCUGGUAAUUCUCCAUUGAAAAGGUCACAAAGUACAGAGAAUGUUAUUCGAGCUAAUGGAAAAGUUGAAGAAAAUGAUGUAGCCCGGCUAACACUUUCUCAGCCGGCUUUAAAUAAAUCACAUGAACAAAGAAAACUAUCUAAAAGUCAAUCAAGACAUGGUAGUGGUAUUAUGCAAAGACCUGAUGUGUUAUAUCAAGGGAGCCUAAAUAGUUUAGCAAAGUUUAGAGCAGCUUCUCCAGAAAGAGUACUUCCAAAAGAGCCAAAAAAAGAACCGGAAGACAGAUGUGGAUGGUUGCCGUGUUCGGCUGAAUCGAAAGCUGCUCUAUCGGAAAUGCUCGAUCUCUCUCUUCUAGUAGAUCCAGUAUUCGUUCUGUUUUCGUUAUCCAAUUUCUUAACUAGCAUAGGGUUUUAUAUUCCAUAUGUUUACAUUGUGCCUAUGAGUGGGAAGAUGAAUGUACCAAACUCUGCCUACCUGAUAUCUAUUAUUGGCGCGUCGAAUUUGGUCGGAAGGAUUAUUCUUGGAUACAUAAGUGACAAACCUUGGGUAAACCGCUUAUGCGCCUACAAUGUUUGCCUUACGGUUGCAGGAAUUAGCACAGCUUUAGCAAUGGCAUGUUGGGAAUUUUGGGGUCUAGCUGUAUAUGCAACCGUUUUUGGAUUCACAAUCGGUGCCUACGUCGGCCUCACUUCCGUAGUUCUAGUAGAUCUACUGGGUCUUGAAAAACUCACAAAUGCCUUUGGACUCCUUUUAUUAUUUCAAGGCAUCGCGUCACUUAUAGGUCCACCUCUUGCAGGGUGGCUAUACGAUGUCUUGAACUCAUAUGCGCCCGGGUUCUAUGUAGCGGGAAGCACGAUCGCUUUAAGUGGUCUCAUCCUAUUCUUCAUUCCUGUAUUGGAAAAGAGGAAUAACAGAAGCAGAUGGAUUGAUGAGACGGAUAUGGAGCAAAUAUAGCGGGCCGGGUCCCGAGGGACUAGAGGGUACCCCAUUAUUGUACUCAACAGUCCCUCGACAUCUUCCGCGCUAACUUCCGGAGAUGAAACCAAUAGUGACAGGGUAUAUGAUACUACAAUAGUAGAAGAGAAUAAUUUUUAUACCGAUAAUAGUUACAAUCAUGUAAAUAAACAAGUGGUGAGUGAAUGCUUUGAUGAGAGCUAUCUAACUCAUUCCAGACAUAAUGUGGCGAGUGUAUGAACGAACAUGUAGUGAUAAAAGGUGCAUACGACAUUAAUUUCCUAUAUUAGUUUAAUCGUGAGGUGCCGAUAGUUUUUCUUUAUCCAAAGAACUGCAACAAAUUUAUAUAUAGUAUAUAUAUUUUAUUUAGCAUUAAGAUAACGGAUAAAUUUAUUAUGCUUGAAGUAUACUGACUAUAUGUUGUAAUCAAAUCACAUUGAUCAAUUGGUAAUAUCAUAAACUAGUCUACAACUAUGUGAAAGGUGAUUAAUUCAUGAAAUAUUACGGCUUGGCUUGAAUAGAGACGUUUGAAGAUAUAAAAUGGUUCUUAUAUAGGCGAAUAUUGUAAGAUCAUACCCCAAGAUAGUUUCACUACUAGUAUGUUUAUUUACACAAUAACAUAUUAUAUUACAAUCUGCUAUGUGUAUAUUUGUAUAAUGACUUAUAUACAUUGAUAUAAUGACUUAAAAAUAUUUAUAUUAAAUGAUAGGUCAGUAGAUAAUAGUCGAAUAUAUCACGAAAUGCAACUUGGUCGACUACUACACAUAUAUAUGUUAACAGCAUAAUAAAACAUUUUGUUGUGCACUGGAUGUAAAUAUUUUUUUUAUGUUAAUAAUGACGACAUCAAAACAAAAAUACUGUAGAAAACAUGUUUGAUUUUGAAUUGAAUUUGAAAAUAGCUAGAACAAUUCAAGUAAGUUCAAAUUCUAUAAAUGAAAUUGAAUAUAUGUAUUGGGCGUUCGAAUAUUUUAUGAAUAAAGGCUUACUCAUUAACUGUCGUUCAUAAUUAUAAUAUAAUUUCAAAUUACGAAUACAUAUUUAUCAAUAAAUUUUAACUGAAAUAUUACAUGGGUUUGCCAAGAAGAGAAAAAACAAACUUAGAUGGGUGAUAUAUACCCAUCUAAUAUAUUUAUUUGUCUUCUUCUGGCUUGCUACUGAUUAUAAAAUCUUAAAUUUCAUUCAACCUUUUGAUCAAUUACUGUUUGCAAUUUUUCACAAAGUACCACAAUAUAUGUAAAUUUUAUUCAAAUACUAACACGUUAUGUAUCAUACCAAAAGAGUACUCACAUUGUUUCCAUGGGAGAGGAGGAACAGAAUACUAAUGAAUGUAUUUUAGACCUUCGUAUUACUAGGUAUACAAUAGUUUGUAUACCUAGUAAUACGAAGGUCGAAAACCACGAAAGUUGGUUAUACCAACUUCCCCACUAUUGAUAAAUAUGUACAUACUAUAUUUUACUACAUCUACAAGGAUAUUAUAUAAAACAUAUAUGCAUAGAUAAUUAAGUGUAAGCAAAGAAAAAUAGCUUUAAUUAAACAUGUAUAAAAUUAAUAUACAAAUUAAAAUACUUUUAAUUUAAACACUAAAAUAGUUCUUAAACACUUCCUUGAAGCUUUUAACUUUUUCAUCUCUUUGAUAUCAAACUUAUGCUAUUGUUUGUACCUAUGUGAAAUAAUAUCAUUUAUAAUAUUUAUUAUUAAUUGUAAAAAAAAAUACAAACACUAUUCAUCUUCCCGAGGGCACAUAAAUUUGAUUUUUAAAAUAUCCGCUUUGCCAAUAGAUGUAGUAAACAAAUAUAUCGACUUAGGUGAUGACGUAUGAUUCUUUAAUGGCCUUAUUGUGGACCAAUCGUUGGUAGAAUGGAUGAGGUCCAACGUACCUUAACAGAAGCAUAAUCUAUAUUUAAGUAAUUGUAUAAAUAAUUAAAAGUACAUUGGUUCAUUUCGUUUAUUUUUACAGUAGAUAUAAAAUACAAAAUAGUGCCAACUCUCCGUCUUUCCACGUCUUGAAGAAUAUUGUAUUUUUAUUAAUAUUAUUAUUUAAUAGAUUUUAAAGUCCGAGAGAUGGCGCUAGUUAUUAAUUUCCGUGUUGUGUUCAGUAGAGUAAUCCGUUAUUCAUUUUCUGAAAAUGAUACGUAAAUUAUAUUAUAAUGUAAAUACUUGACUGAACUAGGUAAUACAUAUUGUAUUAUACAAUCAACUGAACUGUGCAAAUUACUGAUAUCUUCGUACAAAUCUUUGUCACUUUGUUUUGUAUUGAUGAAUUCUUGCGCAUCUAAUGCGUUAAUUGUACAUUAAUGUUAAUAUGCAUAUAGACCUAAUAUUGAAAUAUAUAUUGGA